UUUAAUUAUUUUAAAUGUAAUUGUUCAAUCAAACAGCAAAUUUAAUUUUUCUUACUGUUAAUCUUUUCUUAAUUACUGUGAUUUAAUCUGUUUGUCUUUAAACACCACAUGGUUUUGUUUUUUUGGUAAAAAUCUUUUUGUCUCCUCUUAACAGUUUCAAUCAAAUUUAUUGAUUAUGUUUAAAGGUAAUUUUCUUAGGGUUUAUAAGAGAUCCUUAAUAGGUGAACAAUCAUCUCUUGGUGGAUACAUUAUCGGUCGCAUCAACUGGGGUAACAUUAAUGUUCUUGGUUACAAUUCUAGUUUAACAUUUUCUACUUCUGAUUCUAAGUCACCAUCAUCCCCACCACAACCUUCACCUCUACCACCACCAUCAUCAUCAUCACCAUCAUCUAAUUCAUCAGACAGUAGUAAACCAAAAUCUUCCUUCAAAUUACCAAGUAGCGGAAGUGAUAAGAAAAAGGCUGGUUUCAAUUGGAUAUCACUUUCCCUUGCUGGUGGUGUAUUCGCGUUUGCUUGGCUUGGAGUUGAUAGAUUUAAGAAAUAUAAGAAAGAAAAGAUUGACAAAACUUACCUUAAAUCCCUUGGAAAACCUUCGAUUGGUGGGCCGUUUGAUUUAAUUGAUCAAGAUGGUAAACCGUUUACUUCAAAAGAUCUACUUGGUAAAUGGGUGUUGAUGUAUUUUGGAUUCACUCAUUGUCCUGAUGUUUGUCCAGAGGAACUUGAGAAAAUAGUUAAAGUUGUUGACAAUAUUGAUAAAAGGAGAGGUAAAGGUUCACUGAUUCCCGUUUUCAUUACCGUUGAUCCAGAUCGUGAUACACCUGAAGCAAUUAAAACUUAUCUUAAAGAAUUUUCUACAAAAUUUAUUGGAUUAACUGGAGAUAAACGUUCAAUUGAUAAUGUCUCCAAAAGGUAUCGUGUUUAUUAUUCCGCUGGACCCAAAGAUAAAGAUUCAGAUUAUAUUGUUGAUCAUACGAUAAUCAUGUAUCUAAUUGAUCCUCAAGGUCAAUUUUGUUCAUAUUUUGGACAAAAUAAAACGGCCGCUAUGAUAUCCGAGGACAUAGACACCGAGAUGCUUAAACAAGACAGUUCAUCAAGAUGGUUUACCAAAAAGUAAACUAACUUGCAGCUUAAUUUAAAUAGGUAAUUGUUUAUAUAUUUAAUAUACAUUUAAGAUGAUACGAUUAAAACGUAUAGAGAGAAAAUGAUAAAAAAUAAGUUAGUAAUAUUUUGCUUAUUACAAUACAAAUAUGAGAUCAUAUUUUUUGUUUGUGUUUGUAUUUGUGUCCAUUUUGAUCAUCUUGCUGAUGAGGUACUUGGCAUUGACAAUUAAAUUAUCAUUAAGAUGACA